AUGUGGGCUGGUUCUGAAGUUGCACAGCACAAGUCCGCUGAUUCGUGCUGGACUGUGAUACAUGGCAAAGUCUACGAUAUUACAAGUUUCCUGGACAAGCACCCAGGCGGCCGAAGCAUACUUCUGAGGCAGGGAGGCGCUGACGCCACAGCGGAAUUCGACCAGAUACACUCCUUGGACGUCAUCGAGGACCUGCCCGAGGGCAGUCUCAAGGGCGAUCUGGAUCCCUCGACAGUUGAUUCACUGAAUGUCCCGGCAGAUCCGCCAAGUGCCACGGCACCAGCCGACAGCAAAGAAGUGAGGCCGCUCUCCCUCUGCGUCAGGGCCAGCGACUUCCGAGUCGAGGCUGAGAAGAUCCUCAACCGCCGGACAUGGAUCUACAUCUCCAGUAGCGCCAAUGCCGGUCUCUCCUUGCAGGGCAAUAUCGAUUCAUGGUCCGAGGUAAACUUCCGGCCGAGAGUAUUACGCAAUGUGGCCAGUGUGUCUACGAAGUCAUCUAUACUCGGGAAUCCUUCUAUCGUGCCCUUCUUUGUCUCACCUAUGGGCACUAUGGGCAUGGCGCAUCCUGAAGGAGAGUUUGAGCUGGUGAAUGCGCUGGCGCGCAAAGGCGUACACGGCAUCACGUCAACAGCAAGCACCAAACCUCUUGAGAGUAUCAAGCAAUCGCAUGCAGCGGAACUGGACAGGAUCGGCGGGGAGGCGACCAGUCCAUCGAGACUGUUUUUCCAGCUUUAUAUCCCGACAGAUAGAGCGAAAGCUGUGGAAUUAGUUCGGAAGGUAAGACAGGCUGGAUACAAGGGCCUCUUCAUCACUGUCGACACGGCUGUGUUAGGCAAGAGGACGGAGGAUAGACGGAAACAGGCUGAAGAAACACUUGAAGAUGGACUAGACCACAGUACAUAUUCGACCCCCGUAGGCAAGGAAAACAACGAGAACGCCUUUUCUCCUGCUGUCGGCGCGCGGCCCGUGCCGGGGCAGUUGAGCCCUAUGGUCACCUGGGAAGACCUGGAGUGGAUAAGGGAGGAAUGGACAGGCCCCAUUGUCCUGAAAGGAAUCCAAACAGCCGAGGAUGCAAAAUUGGCGGCGGAGAACGACUGCCAGGGCAUUCUACUUAGCAACCACGGUGGGAGGCAACAACACACAGCUCCGAGUGGGCUGUCCACCUUGCUGGAGAUCCGGACGUACUGCCCCGAAGUGCUCGAGAAAUUGGAGGUUUACGUGGACGGCGGAUGCCUCGACGGAGCAGACGUGGUUAAGGCCUUAGCAUUGGGCGCCACAGCGGUCGGCUUUGGCAGGCCUUUCUUUUAUGCGCUGGCUGCCUAUGGUGGACAGGGUGUCGAGAGAUGCAUAGAUAUUUUGUCGGAAGAGGUGGCGCUGGGGAUGGCGCUGUUGGGCGUGACCUCGAUCGACCAGCUUCGGCCGGAGAUGGUCAAUGCCAGCCAACUUCUGAACAAGAUGUGGAGACCAGAAUUGCCGUCAAUUCUGAGUCGAUUGUAG